CCGACAGGCUCCGGGCAGGAUGGCGGCGGCGGGAGAACCGGGUGGCGAUUCCUUCCAGGAGAAGCUCACACGGGUUACUUCAUGGUUAAAGAAAAUAUAUGGGGCUGAGCGUGUUCUGGAAUAUGAGGUGAAUGAAAGGACAGUGGAUUAUUUGCAUGAAAUUAUGGAGAGCGAUGAAGAGAGAGACAAGUAUGUUAUGCUGUGGACAGAGGACAUGAAGGACAGGACAAGCAAAUAUAAAGCAGAAGCUCACUACUGUCAUGAUAUUCUUGAAGAAAGCCUGGGAUAUUUGGAAGACAAUAUGUCCAAAGAGGACGACGAUGACCUCCCUGACGUGGUACAAAAUGCAGCAGAACUCAACAUGGAGGACACGUCUCUUACCAGCUUGUACAGUGCCAUCCAUGACAUGACCUUGGAACUGUGUGAAACAAAAUCAAAAAACGAAGAAAUGGAACAGAAAUUGAGGACCCUCACAAAAAAACUAACUUCAGCACUGAUGAUGGAGAAGCAGUUAGAGAAGGAAAUUGAAAACCUGAAGAAAUCUCAGGGAAUACAACAGACCAAAGAAGUGACUCAAUCCAUGAACCUGAAGUUCCUGGAAGACAAAUCUAAGGAUAUGAAAAUAAGGAUCUGUGGUGCUGAGGAUGAGCUUUUUACCAGGGAGUUGGACCAAUCCCUGACACAUGGGGCACUGGUGAAAUCAUCUGAGGUAGGUUUUUGGAUACAGGAGGGAUGUUGCUACAGUGGGACAGGCCAGGCUUGCUUGUUGGGUGCUUUCAGGAAUAGUAGUUUGCUCUUUGGCUGCCUGAGCAAAUCUUAAUGGCCAAAGGAAGCACAAAUAAAAAUCCUGUAGGUGGAUUCCCAUGAACUGGGCUCUUUUGGGUGGGUUUGUCUCUCCUAGAGGCAUCUACUGGAGAAUUUCCACAGAAUAAAUUGCCUGGCGCUGAAAACAGAUCUGCCUCCUUUAUUUCUGAUCUGUGUUAUAAACAGAGUGGAUAUUCUGUGGACUAUGUCCACAGAAUUAUUACAGUUUCUUGAUAGAAUGACCCAUGUGAUUCUUGCUUUGUGUGAAGCAAAUCUCUUCCAAACACUGAAAAAAAAGGAGAUAAGGUCAAA